CCACAAGCAGCGGAAGGCUCUGAGCGUGCGUGAGCGUCGCCACUCGAGGAAAGUGGAAUCUCUCCUCCGGCGAUGCAGCAGAUGAGGUCCGCCGACGCCGCCGCCCCCUUCUCCCUCGCCGUCAUGCUCCUCCGCCGCUACGCCUCCACCCCCUCCUCCUGUUCGGCCAUCGGCCGCCGCACCGCCGCCCUUGCCCUCUCCUCCUCGUCCCCUUCCUUCUCGUCGACCACCGCCAGGUUCGCCGCCUGGUCCGCUCCCCCUCAUCGCCCUUCGCGCGGCGCCGGGAGCAGGGGCCUCUUCUCUGCCUGGGCGUCGGCGCCUGGGCCGGUGGGCUCCGCUGAUUCCCCCGCCAUGCAGGCGCUGGAAGCCAAGAUCAAGGAGCAGCUGGAGGCGGACACGGUCACCGUCGUUGACACAUCCGGGGACGGCCGCCAUGUCUGCAUAGAUGUUGUUUCGAAGGUAUUCGAGGGAAAAUCUGCCGUAAAUCGGCAGAGAAUGGUUUACAAGGCUAUAUGGGAGGAGCUCCAAAGCACCGUGCAUGCUGUGGACCAAAUGACUACCAAAACGCCUGCUGAGGUUGCUGCCAACAAGUAGCCAGACAUGUGCUUGAGAUAAAGUUGGGGUGCCGGUGAACUGUUUGUAUGGGGACCUGACCAUUGCCAAGAGGGAUCACGAUUCUUAACUUUACUUUUAUGUGCAAGGCAACAGAAAUGUUUUUUUUUUUGAUACGAUUGGCACAGCUUCAAAGGAAAAAAAAUAUUUUAUGGUAGUCUUAGCAUUUACCUUUGAGAUUUCCAGCUUAUGGAAAAUUAAUACUUUUAGGCAACAAUGUUUUGAUGUUAUGGUGCCCAAAUUCACGGAUAACCAGAGUUUAUGCCCGUCAAA